CAUGUAAGCUACUAACUCGGCUCUACCCAAGUAAACCCGAACGACAACUUGAUAUCACCAAAACUUACCAAGAGCUUACACGCUACCAGCCUAUUCCGAAACCAAACAGCUGUGAAUCUCUUGAUUUCCGAUUCUUCAGUCUUUUCCGCUGAAAUAACACCAUGAGACCCGCUCGCAUACUCUUCACGACGCUACUUUCUGGCACUGCCAUUUCAACGCCAUCCCCGACUGAUACGAUAGCCUGCGAACCGAGAUCUGAUACUACAUCAAGCUCUAGUUGUCCUUAUCUAGGUGGUAUUACGGAAUGCAUCAAGAUAGAAAGGGCGCUUUGCAUGGCGGGCUGCGGACCGAGUCCACAGCAGAAGCUUUUCUGCAUUACAUCCUGUAUCACAUCUUCUAAGAAAGGCUGCAUGAUGAUUGGGUGUUGAAGCAGAGUCAUGUCAGAUGUCGGGACGUUGAUUUGGUGACAAUGGCCACGAUCAACGUGAUAUCAAAUGAAUUACUGCUAGUGCAUCUCGUCAAGGUGUGGAACUUGAUUUGCACAUAAUCAUUGAAUCUUCUAUUGCCGUAGUGCCGCUGUCAAUGGUGUCCAUUUUCCAUGAUCCAUAGACAAGUCUGUUGAGAAACUUCCGGUGACUUACAUGUCUUGCUUGACCUGACACCUUUUCAAGAUAGGCUGCAAAAGACUCAUAUCACUUGCGCAGUCUGCUCGAGAUGAUGAGUAAAUAUCCAACCGUACGCUGCGGCCUGCCCUUGCUGGCAUAUUCCACGCCAAGUUAUGCUAAGAACCACUCUUAUCUCAUGUCUCGACAGUUGCCAGUUGCUGCCUAGGACCGCCCAACCUAAGCGACUUGAAUCUUUCAGAACU